AUGCAGGCCUCACAGCAAGAAGGUGGUUGUGGUGUCUCAGAAGAAGGCUGUGCUGCUCUGAGUUCAGCUCUGAGAUCAAACCCCUCACACCUUAGAGAACUGGAUCUGUCAAAUAGUAAUCUGAGAGACUCAGGAGUGAAGUGUCUCUGUGCUGUACUGGAGAAUCCUCACUGUAAACUGGAGACACUGGGGUUGCGGCGUUGUGGUGUCUCAGAAGAAGGCUGUGCUGCUCUCGCUUCAGCUCUGAGAUCAAACCCCUCACACCUGAGAGUACUGAGUGUGUAUUGGAAUAAAAUAGGAGACUCAGGAAAGAAGCUGCUCUCUGCUCUUAAGGAUGAUGAACGUUACAAACUACAGACACUCGAGUUGUGGUGAACAUCUGUGUGUGAGAUGAAGACUCUGGUGUUCCUGCAUUUCCAUGUUGGGGAACAGACAACAUAUUCAUAAACACGUCAGUCAUUUAGUUCUAACAAAUGAAAGAGACUCGGAGAUGUGGUCAGUGUGUGUUCAUGGUGCACAGUGAAUCAGACUGCACACAAUUCUACACUGAAUGUGGAACAACUUGUGAUCUGCAUGAAACUGCCUGGACCUCAGUCCCUUAAAAACCCUGAAAGAGAAGGUGUAAAAGCACAGGGACUUGAGCUGAACCCAGUCAGUGGAAGAGGGAGCUGAAAUGGACAGGAACAGUUUCAGGACAUUGGUGGGAUUCUCACCUGACAGGAUCGGCAUUUGGGGAGUUAAUCUGAGGAAGCCCCGAGGAGACUCACUCCAAGGCACAUUUAUCACUUUGCCCUUUGGUUGGUAUUUAAUAUACACUCACUGAGCACUUUAUUAGGAACACCUGGAUGGAACCGCCUUGUUGAUGAGAGGGUUCACCGGAGAACGGCCAGACUGGUUUGAGCUGACAGAAAGGCUACAGUAACUCAGAUAACCACUCUGUACAAUUGUGGUGAGCAGAAAAGCAUCUCAAAAUGCACAACACACUGAACACUGAGGUGGAUAACCACGUCGGGUUCCACUUCUGUCAGCCAAGAACAGAAAGCUGAGGCUGCAGUGGGCACAGGAUCACCACAACUGGACAGGUGAAGAGUGAAAAAACGUAGCCUGGUCUGAUGAACCUCGAUUUCUGCUGAGGCUCACAGAUGGUGGCGUCAGAAUUUGGCACCAACAGCAUGAAUUAGUCUUCCUAAUAAUGUGCUCUGUGACUGUAGAUUAGAUCUUUUUGUUACAGGAUCAGACCAAAGCUGUUCUUUAUUUUCUUUAAUAUCUGAUCCUGAUUUUUUUUGUCUGGUAUCAGCUGAUUAAACCCGAUAUGGGAUCAGUGCCAUC